AUUUCAGAUCGGUCACGUGACUACCGACCCUUAAACAAAAAAAGUGAAAAUGGCGGCGAUUGUUUGGUGAUAGCGGAUUGAGACAAGUAAGAUUCUUGCAUCGGCUUUCGGGCAUCGUUAUGUCCAAGAAAGGGAGCGAACCCAAAAGCGUAAAUGUCGCCGUUGUUGGUUUGUCUGGAUUAGACAGAGAUCAAGCUUUUUAUGGCGUUGGAAAGUCGUGUUUGUGUAAUCGGUUUGUGCGGCCGUUGGCCGACGAAUACAUUACUGAACACUCCUCGGUGUUCAGUUCUUCUGAUUUUGGUGGCAGGGUAUUGAAUAACGAUCACUUCUUGUACUGGGGUUCUGCUUCAAAGACAGCAGAAGACGGGAGUGAAUUUCGAAUUCAUGUGUUAGAGCAGACUGAAUUUAUCGACGAUGCAACACUCAUGCCUUUAUCUCGAGGUGGACUUGCACCGUAUCAAAAGAGAUGUGCGAUUUCAAAACUUUCGUCCCCAGAAAAACUGAUGUAUAUUAGCCGAGAUCAAGUAGCUUUGCAGAAUGACUACGAGCAAGUCUGUUUACCUGGCGGAAAGGUAACUGUCGAUGGAUUCAUCGUAGUUUAUGAUGCCGAAGCGACUCAAUCCAAACGGCUCGAAGAGCAACAAGAGAGACUGCUGUCUUUGAUUCUCACAUACGUGCAGAAGAGCAAGAAACCAUUCGUUCUUGUGGCUACGAAAUGUGACGAUACACAGCUUAACUUAUUGCAGGAAGUACAUCGUUUCGCUCAGUCGAAAAAGUUGAACGUUCCUAUCAUCGAGACCUCUUCUCACGAGAACGUAAAUGUUGACCUCGCGUUUAUAGUUUUGGCCCAACUCGUCGAGCGGGGAAGGGUUCGUUCAAAAAUAAUUCCUUUUACUGAAGCUCAGAAAACGCAGAGAGACAUUUUAGGCAAAGCUGUACAGGACUUUCAAAGGCUUAUAGAUAGGACAGUGACUGACUUUCGUGUGAUCUGGAAAAACACGAAAAAACUGAUCGAGAAUGAAAGGGAAUUUCAAAUUCACCGCGAUCUAUGCGGGCUCGAAGCGUGCAAGAGACUCUUCAAUAAGCACAUAAGAAAACUGAGGAAAGAGUUCGAAGAAAGAAAGUUGAAUGGCUACUUGUCUAGGCUUCCUAGCGCUCUGGAAGAGCUUAUGCCGAGUGCUUCGUCGAUGGAUCUGUGUCAGUGGAACUGGCAAAAUUGUCAAAAGGCAAUUCGGAACCACAGAGAGUUUUUAAAAUGGAUGAUCAUCUUGCCCGAAGACACUGCUUGGAAUGAAAGCGAUCACUUGCUUACCGACGAUUUGCGUGUACCUUUUGAUAUUCUCGCUUUGCCGCAAGCAGAAACGGUCUUUCAGAAUCAUGUAGUGAAGUUAAAAGCCGAGGAAAAACGCAUACGAAUGAUGAAUGAGUUCAGAAAACUUUUGGAGCUAACUCCUAAGAUUAGGCCCGGUACGAUGUGGGUCGAUGCAGCCGUGCUGCUUCAAAACGAGGAAAGUUUUCAGUACCUGAACGACACGGACAAAACAACAAUUUUCGACACCUAUCGUCGUGACAUAACCGAGAAAGCUAAAGCCGAUUUUCAGGAGUUGUUGUUUGAAUCAGCGGGGUUGUUUUCAAAACUGGAACCUAAUACGCGCCCUUCUAUCUCUCAAGAAGACAUGCGUUUGAUCAAAGACGCCCUCAGCGAAGACGAUCGCUAUAAACGGCUCGACAAGCUCGAUAGCGAUCGGGAAAUCGGCUUGAUAAAUCACAUUGCUCUGUUGUACAGCCCAACACGAUGUUUGAGUGGUGCGGAGAGGUGUCGAGAUCGUCUCAUGCAGGAGAUAGUCGCCACGACCACAUACAGGUAAUCUACCAUAUGACAUCUUAUUUAACUUACAACCCAUACAAUUUUCAGUGACCUUAUUAGCUCAUAAUCAAUUUUUCACUCAGUAGAAAUUACAAAUGAAGGUAAAAUCGUUCACUAGAUGUUUUGUAAGCUUAACUCGACCAAAACUUUGUGUUUUAAUGAUAAUCUAGGCGCUUCCUUCACCAUACUGUAUUCCUAUUAUUUUAUGCAAGUUCAACGUUCUCAACAUGAUUGAAAUUUUCCAUAAGUACACAGAAAUGUCCAGUUCAUUAUUAUAUUUGCCGGUUCGAGUUUCAAAAUAUUUGCACAUGUUUUGACUGUGGCUGUUACAUUCCAGUGAAAGAAAGAAAGAAAUGUAAUAAUUACAUUUCUUUGUUUUAAAUUCUUUUUUUAACACACUUCUGUAGGAGUCAAAGCGAUGUUUUGGAAACCUAAAAUGAUAUGUACGUAUUUCUUCUUGUUCACGAUUUUUCAUGCAGAACAUCUGUCUCUAUAUGACAAGAUAGCAGCUGUUCAGUUGAUUCCUUUAACCUCUGUUGUACUCUUUUGGAUAAAAAAUGUUUAUCAUGUACUUUUGAAAUUUUCUGUUUUCCUUUGGGAUUUAAUUUUUAAGAGGAUUUUUACCUGUUAAAGACAUAUGGUUCGGUCUCAGACAGUUAAUUUUAAUUAUAAGUGACAGAGUUUCGAGCCAAAAAUUGAAUAAUUGCUGUGUGAUUUUCUUUUUUUCUCAUCAACUGUGUACUUUCUUUCUUUUUUUUGGUACUCAAACAUAUUGCUUCUGGGGCUUAUUCUUACUUUUUUAAAUUAGUAGUAUUUGUAGACCUUGAAAAUAGAAUGGUUAAAAAUUUCUUAUUAGUUGCCAAAAGUAUGGAUAUCGAAAUAUUAUUGUUCUCACUCAUUUCAGUUCAUUAAAAGCUGUCCCGUCUAUAGUGUUAAAAGUUUGUAUUAUUUACAACAAUUUAGAGGAGUUAUUGUCAUGCUUUGUCAGUUAUAAGUGAGCAGAAGGCAAAUUUUGAAUUAACUCAUAAAUAAGAAUUAGAUUCUACACCUGACCAUUACUUUGAACAAAAACGAACUGCAUGAAGAGUGGUUUAUGCCGCCUGUUGUUCCUCAGGGUAAAAGUAGAAUUUUGACCAGUUGGGUGUUUUUUUUUUUAAAAAUUCAACUUCUGGAUAUUUUUAGUUAUGAACUCAUUUUCUUAGCGGAAAAGUUGGCGCUCUUAUAAUAUUGGACACCAUUGAAAAACUGAAAAUAUUAUUGUCUAAAUUAGGGCUUUCCUCUUUUGAGAAUGGUGCUAUUAACUGGCUUUAUCAAGGGGGCAGAAAGCAGCACUGUUUGCUUAAGAGAACUUCAAUGACUGUACGUAGAAGGAUAAUAUUUUCAAUAAUAUUGUGACUCAUUUUAAUUAAUGUGUUUAGAUUGAUCCAGUGAAAACAAUAUACUGUAUGAAUAACAGUGACAAAUUAUUUUCUGCCAAAAUUUUAAGGGUCACAGUGCUUUUAACACCCUCCAGUCCUGUGACGUCAGCUCUUGCCUCAACAGAGACCUUUCUAUUAUGGAAAACAAGUAAUUCCACGUGCAAUGGAACGUUGACUUAAUUAAUCUCUGUAUAACAGAGUCCUUGGUAAAGUAAAUGAUAUUCUCCACCCUAGGAUGUAAAAUGUAUGGAAAAAAAAAACGAUAUACUGAAACCUUUUUAUAGCGGGCAUAUUUUGUGAGUCCUUUGGUUCUUUAUUAUAUUGAGGUUCUACUGUAAGGCAACUAAAUUCUAUGACUGAAAAAAAAACUCCCAUAAUACUAUGGUAAAACAGGCAACAAAGGUGUCCAACUUUUUUUACAACGUUGCUGCAAGACAAGUUAAAUAGCGAUGUUGUACAUUUUACCACCCACAAGACAAACCCGUAAGGUUGUGCCUAAAGUAGGGUUUUCCAAGUUUUGAAAAGUCCUUGAAAGUCAAAUGUGGUCCUUGAAAAGUCCUUGAAUUCCAUUUUUCCUUGAAAAGUCCUUAAAUUUCUGUGCUAGUCCUUGAAAAGUCCUUGAGUUGUCCUCAACUUUGAAUGUAGUGGCCUGGGAAGUGUUUUAAUGCUUUUUGGCCGUUAGCUUGGGUUGGGAAUGUGCAUUUAUGUACAAAUCUGUGACUUAUAUUCGUGGUAGGUAGUCCUUGUAAAUCAAAUUUGCUCCUUGAAAAGUCCAUAAGAAAUGGUUGCAAUUUUUUGUAUGAACCCUGUAAAGUAGAGAGUAGCUCAACUCUCUACAUUAAAAUAUGUUCACGUACAUGUAGAUAAAGCGCAUUUUACUGGCCCAAGGCAAACUUCUUUUGCAACAAGUGGCGUAACUCCCAUGUGUAGUGUGACUGUGUGUAAUUUUAUCCAAUCAGAAGUCAGUAUUCAUGCAACUUGUAACAACCUGAUUUGUUGCAAGACAGGUUAGUAAAACACACAGCAUUGAUUUUUAGCUAAUUUUGCAGCGAUAUUGCAAAACAAGUUGCACGUUUUUUAUGCCUGUUUUAUUGUAGCUUAACUAUGGACUCACACUAUUGCAGACUCACAGAUAAAUUUGUUUUCCAUCACAUUUCAUUGUCCCAACUUUUGUUAUAAUGUAACAUGAUGUCUUGGAUGAAAGGGUAACAGUUUCCUCUUUGCAUUAUAUAAUUAUUUAACAGGGAGCUUCAUUGUCAGCAUAUAUACCAUAGGGCCCAACAGGCUGCUGAGUCCCAUUUAUGCGGAAUAAUGUUUCUUUUUAGAAAGGACAUGAUUUAUGUCCAAACACAUCACCAUUUAAAUGACAAAUCAGAAAAGUGCCAGAUUUACAUUUACAUUGUGUUGACAAAGUACAUUUCUUUAUCCCUUUAAGCCCCAAUAUCCACAAGCAAAUUCUCCAAACUGAUCUCUAUACAUUUCUUUAAAGAAUACGUUGAGAGAAUUUGAGAAAAGAUGAAAGCAUUUUCUCUUUGGUGAUCUUUUAAUUAAUUCCCAUAAGCUAAUCUCUUGACAUUGUAUGGAUAUUGUAAGGAGAAAAUUAAUGUUGGUCACUAUUGGGACUUAAAGGGUCAUUACGUGUAGAAUGUUAAUCCUCAGGUGCAAAAUGAUAAUUACUCUGGUUUUUUGAGCUGUCUGGUCCUCAUGUCUAACUGCUGGGAGAAUUUGGCUAGACAUUGUCUGAUGAUGCACUGUUAUUUGCAGCUCCAUUUAGACACUCACCCAAACUGUGAUGUUUGAACAGAACAGCAAUUGUCAUCUUUGAACAAAUAUAUCACUAAAAAAUCUCUUUGGUUAGAUUUACAUUUUCUUUUGUCAGGUUUCAAUCACAAUUCUUCCUUUCAAAGUAGUGGCUGCGUGUACAUGAAGCGGCUACAUGUGAUGUCAUUAAGCUAAUGUUUCCUGACUGAUUAUAUUCUUAAAACUUAUGACCUCUUGUUUAUUGUGUAUUUAAAAAGGGAGAAAUUUGACGCUGAUUGUUUAGGAUUUGAAUUGAAGAUAAACUGUUUGGUAUUUGUCUUUCACAGACCUCAUUUUAUGGAUAGCAGUGAAACACUUGACAGUGAUGACAGCCAAAUAAAUUUGGUGAUUUUGGGAAGUGCUGGCUUUGCUCAAGCAAUGGAGAGUGAAAUAAGGGUGCGUAUUAUAAGCAUUAGGUAAAUGUAAAUUCAAAGAAUAUUGUUGUGUAAAAACCAAGAACUAUGCUUAAAACACUGCUAAUAACAAAUGCAUUCAGUCAUACACCAAACUUAUCCCUGACUUUAACUUCUGUGCUAGUCAGCAACAACAAAGAGAAAUACUGUAGUUCAGAAGAUACAUGUACAAUAAGCUCUAAAUUCCCAAGUUGUACUGGUACUUGAUUUUGUACCUGUAAUCAAACUAAAGGUCGCUAGUGUCAGAUCAUUGGCAGCCAUUUGCCAUUUGUUGUAAAAGUGGUGCUGUAAGAAAUAAAAUAUUGUAAUAAUUCAUGACCCUCCCAGUCUUGCAUUUGCACCUUCCAAUUGUUUUGUUCAAUCACAAAUUAAUAGGCCACUUUACAGAAGGCAGGUAUGAAACUUGGAUUCAGAUCACCUCUUUACAUACAUACCAGACAAUGGUACCCAUUGUUUUCCCUAUUUGUAAAUGAGUCGGUCCAGUCCAAGUUUGUACCCGCCCUUAUACAGUUAUGUGCUUCGGUGCCUUGGUCUUUGAAUAGAAACAAGGCUGGAGGUGAUCUUCUUAUGUUACAAACCCUCCAUCUUUUCUUGUGCAAAUUGUGUUAUUCAUAUGCUAACUAACAAGCCUGUGAACAUGAUCAUCUACAUGUGAAAAGCCUGAAUGUUUGUAACAAAACAAGGGCAUCUUUAGCCUUGCUUCGUUUCAAAGCCCAGGGCACCGAGAACACAAUUGUAAAAUGGCCCAUAAGUGCUAAAAAAAGAAAUGCCUGAAUUUCUGUAAGGUGUCACUUUUGUACACAAUAGUACUUAAUUGACAUGUGUUGUCUGUUUGGUAAUUGACAUGUCUGUAAAAAUUUGUACAGACCCAGUGUUCCUAUGGAGACACCGAUGGUUUGGAGUUUGCUCUUGAUGGGCGCAUGUAUGAACUGGAUUAUCAGAUUGUUGAUGGUGAUGUUGAUCUGCCAGAAUAUGCCUUUCAAGGGACUGACAUGACUUCACAAGGUACAGCGCAGAACACAGUUAAGGGAACCACACAGUCAGUCACAAUUCAGAUGCAUGUUUGCUUCUUCUCAGAUGCAUCUAGCAUCAGCACUGACGUGUAUUUGCGUCAGCUAGGACCCAUCAGACAGGAAAAGAUUUUUUCUUUUAUUAUUUACUAUGACAACUUUGCUUUGUGAGGCAGUGCUAUAAAAUUCAAAACAAAUUCUCAGGUUUGAAGAAGCUCAAAAGUUUUCUUUUUGUAACCCAACAAGUUUAAAUUUCACCAGUGUGCUUGAAAUUUACUUGUCAAUGUUAUUAUUUUAUCAAGCUCAAAAUCAAAUCUUAUUCUGAUAUUGCUUGACAAUGUUCUCGUUGAAGACACGAGUAUAUGUAAUGUUGAAGUUCCCUUAAUUAUGUCAUACUAUUUGCUAUCUUUUAAAGAGCUAAGACAUGUGUUCACGUCAAAAGAAUUCCAAACAUAACGGCCCAGUUUUGUUAUUUAAGACUACAUGCAUAUUUAAGCACAGAAGCUCUCUUCUGUUGUCUGUUGCUACUGAUGGACAUGGAUUUCAACUUGAAAAAAGCUUUAAUGCAAUACCUGAAAAAAUCAACUAAAAAUUAUUGUGGUUAGUGCUCCCUGAUGAAAUAAUUAUUGUUUGAUACCUUCUUCAUGACUGUACAGGAGCAUUUUUGUUCAUUGGCACGGAAUUGACCUACAGUUAUGUAAAACAGCAAUAUUCUUGUGACAUACAGUCAGACCAGACCUGUAUUAAGCAUUCACCCCAUGGGAAUUUCUUACUGGCAGCUUAGUAGAGUUUACAGCUUAAUGCAAAUUUGUUUUGCAAUAAUUAAGGGAAAAUUAAUGAUAUCUGGACUUUGGUAAGUGAUUGCCUAAUAGAGGAUGGCUGUUUAAUAGUGCUUCACUUGAUACAUGUUUGAUUGUAGCUCCUUUAAGCAGACACCCAUAGGAAGUAGAAAACAUGUCUUCAACUGAAGCUGGCUGUUUAUGAGUACAUGUCUGACUGUUAAAAGAGCUUCAAAAGACUGUAAAAAGCUCAUGGAAUAUGUACAGUUUGUAAACCGUGCCCUUGACUUUGAAGUGUGUCUUAUAAGAAAGUUAUUAAAAUGAAAAAAAAAAAAAACGUCAACUUAAUCUAAAAUUCGAACCACAGGAUAAUUUUAAUGGUACCAUUUUGAUGUUCAUACAGUGGGUUGCUUCUGUGUUUAUGGAUCUCUGGAGUCGUUGGAUUUUGUUCGAGAUUGUUUGGAUGAGUUGAGUGUCAAAUCAAAGUAUGACAGUGUUGAUGAGUCAAACCCCAUUCUGAUACUCCCUCCAACAUUCAUCAUCCUGGCCAGAAGUCCAAAUAAUGAAGAUAUUAUUCAUCACCUGAGAAAAGAAGGACAGGAAUUGUGUUCCAGGUAUGGGUGGCCAGUAUUGCUAAGAUUUUUACCAUACAGCAUUCGACUUAAGUUCUGUUUUUUUAGUUGUUUUAGUAGUGUUAUUUGCUGUGAGUAAAAUAGCACUUUUGCAGCCUUAUGUUGAGAAACUCUUGGCUAACACUACUCCUGAAAUGUAUUAAAACUCUGUGGAAUUUAAUAUUACAGACGAGUGAUAUUUCCUUGAAACUAUUAAUUUUUAUUACAAUGUAUGCAAGUGCAAAUGCACAGGAUGGAAAUUAUCAGAUUUGUAACUCGGAGUUUCACCCACUAAGUGAUCACCAGACUGAAAAAUUGUGAAAACAGAUUUCUGUUUUAAGGUGGAAAUUUGAAAUUCAUGGGCGGUUGGAGCAGUGCAUUCUGUGAUUGGUUGCAAAGAAGUUGUUCUCCUUUACAUUUGCAUUUGUAUUUUGCUCUGCAUAUUUUUAUGCAUUGAGCACUCCUAGGAUAAGUGAAGCUACCGUAUAUAUGUAGAUAUUUUUUGUUCAUUUUAUUACAAUGCAGAUAUAUUCUUGUUUCUUUUUACUUUUUGGAAACUUCAUAAAUUCCACAAUAAUAUUUUACUGGAAGAGCUUAGCAAUGUAUGGGUUGGAAGAAUACAUAUAGGGACUUGCUACUAUGUUUAUACAUACCGUAUUAGGAAAGGGUUUCUCAUAAUUUAUUAUGUGAUAGUACAAUUACACAAUUAACCUAAAAUCACAUCAAAUCACAUAAUCCAAAAGAUAUCUCAUCACUAAUUGGAAAAAAAACAGGCAUGAAUGCCAAAUUAUGUAAAGUUACUGUAGUAUGCUGUGGAAACAAUGCAGAGUCUCUUGCCCUGAAUCUAAUGACAGUAAGACUACCCUGGAGAAAUUGCAUAUUGGCUGAUCAGAAGGUCUGCUUAAUAAAUCCUUUAUUACUUAAACCUUUAAACUCCAACAUUCACAUACAGAUUCUCCAGCUUGAUCUUUAUACACUUCCUUAGAGAGUUAUAGAGAAUUUGAUAAAAUAUCACAAUAAUCACAAGAUCUAUUUUCUUUUGGUGAUCAUUUUAUUGAUUCUCAUAAUGUUAUCGCAUGAUAAAUGUAUUGAAUAUUGUUAGGAGCAAAACUUAUGUUGGUACUUUUCUUUACUCAUUUGAUAUGUUAGUAAUGUCACACCGUCAUCAUCAUUGUAGGUACAAUGCAACCUUCAUCGACAUCCCAGUAGCGCGCUUUUCUGCUGGGAAGAUGAUUCAUGAAACGCAAGUGGUGGAUGCCAUGAGGGGACUGUUAGAGAACUUGAAGCAACAGGCUCGAGCAAACAUGUCAACAGAGGAUUUAAAGGACAGUGAUCCAGACUUGAAGUAAGAAAACUUGUUGACUACAAAUAAAUAUUAGGGGAGCUGUAAUAGCCUUUCAGCCUAAAUUCAACUUUAAGAAAAUGGCUAGACCAAACUGUGUGAAAUGUAGUACAAAUAACUUAAAAUAUUGACUAGAAAAAAACAUUAAUUUUCUGUGCAGUGAAGCUGUGAAGUGGGUAUUUCUUUGCCAACAUUAAGUUUUAUAGUAAGUACAUGACUUGGCUGUAAUUGCUGUGUCACGUUCCCUUUAUGAUUACAAAUGGUAGUUCUUAAGCCAAGUGUAAUCAUGAAAUGGCGGUGGUCAUAGUCUGACAACAAAUUGGUUGCCAGUGUACCUAAAGAAUAUAUUAACUUUUCAACCAAGGGUCAGAUAAAAAAAAAAUUUUUGCCCAGCCAAGCUUACAAUGUACACAUAAUGUGCAUGUAGCUACUCUGUAGAUUGCUUACUUCAGCAAGCUCAAACAGGAGUUUGUUACUGCUAGUCACUGAUCUGUUUGUUUCUUGUAACCCGAAUGACAUUCUCCUCAGCUGUUUUCUCUUUGUUUUAUUUUAGGAUCAUGUUAUGUGCAAUGUGCGGUGAUCCUUACCCAGUUGAAUUGAUCCUUGGUCCUCUGCUUCAUCAUCAAAACUGUUGGCGAAGUUCAACUAGGCCAGACACCAUCAUCUUGGAAACAUACCUUGGCUUUGAUAAGAGAAGGGUUCAGAUCACACUAACCUCGUAUCACCGUAAGUAGUAGGAGUUAGAAGGAAGAUCUCUUAACCCUUUAAGUCCCAAUUGUGACCAACAGCAAUUUUCUCCUAAUGAUACCCAUACAUUAUCAUGAGAUGGGGUUAUGAGAAUUAAUGAAAUGAUCACCUAAGAAAAAAUACUUUGAUCUUUUAUCAAAUUCUCUCAACUCAUUCUUUAAGGAAAUGUAUAGAGAUCAGUUUGGAGAAUUUGUAUGUGGAUAUUGGGGCUUAAAGGGUUAAAUCCUCUGUGAUGUGCUGUCUGCUUUUAAUGAAAAUUAUGAAUGGUAUGCAUUAAUUUGGGCAUUCUGCAUUGUCAAUGUUUAACUUUCAGGGUCUGUUGGUAUUUUUUACUUGUCACAUUCCACAGUUCAGACUUGUGAUCUGUUCAACUACCUUGUCUUUACAGUCUUGCAAUCUACCGGGUAUUACUCUUUUAUCCCCUGUGUGUACAUGUGUAAGUGAAUACUCAAAUGCAAAGAGUUAGUGGUCACUUAUGAGAGUCAAACUGCUGCAGGAGGUCUCCAGGUUUCUCUACUUAAGUUUUAAAGGGUAGUGUAGUACAAACAGUGAACACAAAGACCAGACCAUUGUAUCUGGUGGUUGUUUAGAAGAGCUUAAAAACAAUGGAAAAUUGUGAAACUGUCAUCCUAAAAAGUGGUCGCGGUCGCUUACCAGAGGAUCCAACAAUAAAGCUUUGACUGGGAAAAGCUUGGUGAUUAGGAUAGGUGGUUGUUUAUAGGAAGUGGUUGCUUAGGAGAUUUGUGGUAGCAAAUGGAGCUUCAACUGUAAUUAAAAUGGAUUGUUGAAUAGAAUAGAGGACUGACCCGUUGUCAACUUUUUUAGGAGCUUACAGUCUUAAUUACCAAAUGUACCAUGGCUACAUCCUGGUGUACUCAGCAAUACGGAAAGCAUCACUUGGAACACUCAGGUAAUUCCCCCUCCCCUCUUCCUGUACCAUAGCAUUUGUAGUUCACCGCCAUGAACUGAGAUAACGGCCAAAAUUUUCAGGAAGGCUGAAGUCAUCCUUAAUACAAAUUUCUUAGGGAUUCAUAAUUGCUAGACUGUGAAGGUGGAAGAUUUUCUUUUUUUUUUCUCAUUCUUCAUGGAGACUACAAAUUAAUGCAGGCUUCGUUCGGGUCAUGGAAAACCUGGAAGGUCAUAAAAUGUAAGAAUUAAUUUGCCAGACCUGGAAAGUCAUGGAAUUUACUUGUUGGUCCUGGAAAGUCAGGGAAAAUGUUAGUUAUGUUUUGUAGGUUAGUUGCUGCAGAUGUCAAAGCAAGGACAAUGUACGAUAGAGACGAGUUAUUAAACAGCGGAAGCAGCACGCAUUUUGCUGGACGCCAGAGUUUGUUUCUUUUCAACUGAGUUAGGUCAAAAACUACCCUGAAACUAGGAAGGUUUUGAAAAUUUCCGAAAGUGACAGCUAAACCUAACGUCACGGAAAACUUGAAAAGGUCUUGGAAAAAGUUAUGGAAAGUCUUGGAAUUUUAAGAGCUCAAAAGAGUACGAACCUUGUAAUUAUACUUGGUUCUGUAGACAUGUGACUAUCGAAGCCGCUCAUCAGAAUGUUUCUUUGCUUAUGUGACUGAUUUUUUUUGUCAAAUUUUGAUUUUUUCUUACAGUGGCUUCUCAAGUUUCAUUCCUCAAGUACCUAUACAGGUGCUAGCUGUAACAGGGAGCGCGUCUGGAGCCAGUGUUGUGUUCCACAGUCACGUGGCGGCUAGCUUAUUGGCUGACGGCACCAAUCUUGCCAGUAAACUCUUUGCCAAAUUUCAAACAACUUCUUCUCAAUUCCAGCAUCAGGGUAUCUUUUUUCUUUCCUUUUUAUUUUGUACGUGUUUGCUGAGUUGCACCAAAAUUCUAAGAUAGGGCGUUGUAAAAAAGUGCUAUCCUUGUGACCAUAAUUAUGCGUGUUUGACCAAGUUUGUUUGUUAAAACUUGAUCAGUGAACUUGGACUUAUUAUAUGGCCAAAAAAGUACUCUUUUUUUGCCAGAAAAAGUGAUCGUUCCCGAUCGGGCAAGGUAACCCCAUCCUGCGCGCUCGCGUAGCCAAUUGGAACAAAGAGUAAAUUUCAUCUUAGCCUUCGCGGAACCAGCCUCAUGAUCAGAUAUAUGUUGUACAUGUAGUUAAUUUUUUGUCUCAGGUAAUUUUUGUUUUUCUUUUUUGGGGGUAUGGUAUUGUAUGCUAAUGAAGUUGAAACAACAGAAAAACAAAAAUUACCUGAGAUAAAAAUUAACUACAGACAUUAUAUAAUGUACACACUUACAUCUGCCCCAAAAAGCCCGUAAAAGUUAAGUUUUUCACAAACGUGUGCUUUAAUCUCAAGGAUAUUCGUUUAAUUUUUUUGCUGUAGUUGGUGCGUUUGCUGCGUUCUUCAAUCAAGUCUGGGAGAAGAAAAGAGACAGCGAGUUGGCUUAUCAAAAGUUUAUUAACGAGCAGCAGCUUCGACAGUCGCAGAAACAGCUGCAGAAUUCCAUUCGCCGCAAGCACGACCCUCUGCCGGAACCCCCUAGCAAGAAACCCGUGAACGUCGAAGACGAGAUUAACAGAAGACGAAGCCUCAGUGAGAGACAGACAGUGUCGCCAAAACUGUUUCAGCGAAUGUCCGAAGGAACGUUGGACGAAUCGGAAAUCAACCCGUAUGCUGUGUAUCAGAGGGGGAACCAGAUCCCAGCUUACAGUUCCAUAGAAGACGUAAAGAGCACAAGCCAGGCGAGAGACUCGAGCGGCAGUGACGAGUUAAAGCCUUACGCUACAUCGACGCCGACCGCGCUUUUCCUCAGUUUGCAAAGGGCUGGUGAUAUAACCGGCGGCACACCGCAAAAUAAUGAAGUUUGGCAGAAGAGAGAAAACAAGACAGAAGAUCUUUAUGCUCAGGUCGAUCUUUCCAGGAAGCGCUCGUUCCGGAAGUCGAAAGAACUAACCACGAUGAACGACAGCGAGGUGAACUUGAUCGAAAACUCGCUCUACGCGAACGCUAAUCUCCUCCAGCAGCAAAAAACUGCCCGAGAGACCCCUACAGCGGCGGUGCACGACACCCCACCACCCCUGCCUAAGAGGAACUACAAUUUGAGUGAGGAUUUCCCUCCGGCGGAUUCGGGGACAGACACGCUGAGGAGCAAUGAUGACGAGGGGUACAACACUUUCAAGAAUGAGGACCGCAAAGAAGAGAACCACUACUCUACAGUAGACGAUAUUAGUCCCAGACCUUCCUCCAUCGCUGUGGAGGAUCCGUAUGCAUUGCGAGUGAAGGAAAAGAUCAAUUUCUUUAACAAUAAAGUGGCCAUUCCGACACAGGAUGUUUGGGUGAAGAUGAACGCUCGGCAGAAGGACAUUCACACAUCUGUGCCUGAUCUGAACCGGAAGGGCUCUGAGGUGGAGGCACCGCUUGCACAGCAGGAGGUAUGACAUGGUGACCUUAUGUAGCUUGCAUGAGGUCAUUUGCAAAACUAACACGGUCCCAGCAGUUUAUAACGCUAUCCGGAUAGAUAGAUAUUCAAUGCAGCAUAGAUAUCUGUGCUGCAUUGAAUAACGAAGUGGCGUCCCUAAUACUUACAAAUUUAAGAGGCUGUUUCUCGUAUUUGUUAUGCAACUGUUAAUGUAAAUAGAUUAAUUAUUUUCACAUAAAAGCGUUAUUCUUAAUUUCCAGUAGAGUUUAAAGGAAACCUGUAUAUAGCGGUCACACGGUCAUCUGCCAAUGGUGACCGCUAUACGAAAGUUUCACCGCACUUAUCCGCUGGAUAGAAAUGCGAAAUCCAGAGUUUGAAUAACCAGCGCCUGAAAGUUUCUUUGCUUUGUCUUAAUCCGUCUUAGAAAAAGUUCUCUGGGUUGGAAAUUCUACUCCCCACCCCCUGACCACGAGCCGAAACUAUCCUCGUAACCCCGCUGAGUAAAACGGUCCAGUUACGUGGACAUGAAGUCACUUAACAAACCAACCUUUUUUGUUCAAAAAGUGGAUGAGUCAGAACGGCGUGUUAUUUCGCCAUAUUGACCACCUUGAGUGAAAGGGUCCAGUUAACGUGAUCGCGUUAUUCUUUCAGGAUGUGAGCGAUCCAGAAUAUGCACAAGUGCAAGACGCUUUAAAAAACAAAUUAAACGUCUCGGACAAGCCACGGCCGACAAUUUACGCUGUGGCUAUCGUGGAGGAGCCCAAUCCAUCGGAUAAAAAACCCAAACAGCACGCAAAAGUCACGCUUAAAAGUUCCUUGAGACUGUCGCAUUCCGCUGAGGAUGUUAGCACGAUCGAGAGGAAAUCCCGGCGAGGUAGGUGAUGACCAGUUUACGUUGGUGGUGAUAUCAAAGCGGUGAAUGAUUUUUGGCGGCACUUCUGCAGCAUGUGAGGAGGAGGAUAAUUUGUAGCCUAACAAAACAGCCGACAUUUGACGACGCUACCACUGGUUUCCCCGCCAAAUGACGUCUGAGAAAGGAGCGCAGAAAUUCCAUACUGAUGACGCGUUACUACCCAGAUCUGGGUAGUGACGCGUCAUCAGUAUGGAAUUUCUGCACUCGUUUCUCAGACGUCAUUUGGCGGGGAAACCAGUGGUAGCGUCGCCAAAUAUCGGCUGUUUUCUCAGGCUAGAUAAUUUGAUUCACCCCAAUUCUUCUUGUGGCUCCGCGGCCAAAACGAAAUCACUUGUGAAGUAAGCGCCCUCGCGCGGUAAUCUUACCUACCAUUCUUUCCACGCUUCCAUCACUAAAGCAAAAGCAGUCUACCCUGCUCCAGCACUAGUAAAAAUUUGGUUGGACUUGAAAAUCCACGUUUUUUUUUUCAGUGUGCAUUAAGAGAAUAAGUAGAGGCUUAAGUAACCACGUCACCGCUUUGUCAACGAAAUUUAACUCAUAAUGCGCAUUUGCGUUAUUAAACUUCAUCGCGAUUUCUUCAGUUCUUCGAGAACUCCAGUUUUCACGUCUUAUUAAAAUGUCAUGAUCCAGAGAUGAUUCAGAGUGUGGGUGUAAGGUAGCACAUUGUAAACCUCACCAGCUCAGGUAGUAGAUGUAGGUCGCGGGAAAGUUAAGGCUAUGAGGCCAAAAUAGUUUUGUCUUUAGAUGAUGUUUAGUCGCUGGUGAUGGAAUAAGUAGUGCUUGAUUCUCUCAAGAAGGGUUUUAAGAGCAUCAACUUUGGUUUACAGACACUUUUGGUCGGCCAGUUCUCGGUCAAAGACGCGAUAAAAGAGGGGACAGUAAUACUUCAGAUCAAGGGACUGGUGAUGAGGCUACUCUGCCCAGAACAGAGGAGCAGCGACCGGUAAAGAAGAAGUACGUGAUUCGGCGGUCACGGAGCACGCAACGCAGCCCAGCCAACACGCCUAAGGUACCCACCGAGAUACACAAGAAACAGCUUUUCUCGGGACGGAAAUCAAGUAAGUACAGUGAACGGCUGAGUGUCAUCAUCCGGACCAUCGGGAUGGGUUCAUGAUCUUUAGGUGGUAUGUACUGUGGCUUGUAGUUUACCGCGGUAGAGGUUUGCUCAUUCGGUAGAGCGCUGACCUCCUCCGCGGUAGGUCUUGGAUUCGAUUCCUGGGGCAGGACCGACUCCCAAGGUCUUGAAGUGAUUGAGAAAUAAAGGUACAUUGUACUAUCGUUUAUGCUGCAAACGGGUAGAUUACAUAGAAAUGAUUGUUCUGUAUCCAGAGUGAGUACGAGACAUAAUGACAGCCUCGUCGAUUACAGUGGAACGAAGUCCUCGGUAUAACGAACGACGUUUUUCGUCCCAGUAAUAGAAAAUAUACGGAAAAGAUACUCAGUUUAAUGAAACCUCCAUAUUGGACCGAAAUUAAUUUUUGGAAGUGAGUUGUGUCCUUAAGGCCCUAAUGAAAAUUGCAAAGAAAUAAGUAAAUUUCAGUUGAAGCGAUCAUAUUCCGAUAAAAAGGUGCCGGCAAUGAGUGGUGUAGGUAGACACUUCAUUUCCUUUUGACUUUGUGUUUACUAAUUUUUAGCCAAGAAAGAAUCUAGGAGGACUGGUACCAUGUCCUCAAGCCAGGAAGAUGAGUCAACCUUGGAAUUCACCAAGGAUAAAAAUAAGCACAAAGGACCAUUCAGGGUAGGUACAUGAAGUCAUGAUAAGCUUAACUCUCACCCUAGUCUUCUUUGUCACCACAGUAGCAGUUCCCCCGUGAAGUUCGCUUUUAAUUCCCAGUCUUUUGCAUAUCGUCAUUGCAGCCAAAUCACCUGGAUAUUCCUCGGCGAGAAUCAGAUCUUGGGACAGAAGAGGUACGUACUCACCUACCGUAAACCCGCCCUCGGGGGGCUUACUUUUUUUUUUUUGAGUCAAGCACGUUUGGGUGGUGGCUGCUUAUUUGAAGGAGAGGAUUAUUUAAUUAGCGAAGAUGGUAUCGAUUCUCUAUAAAAACUACAACGCAAAGUGGAAAGGCUCUGACACAUGAAGCUCUAGGUCGUGCAGAACAUGACAAAGAAAUCCUAACUUCUAGCACCUGAAUAAAUCAUACCGGAUCAGCCCACAUGAAGUGUUAGAGUCGUGAUUAACUACUGCAGUCUAUCAUUUUAGAAUAAAGGUGUAGAGGAGGGAGGGGGAGUAAAAAAGAGAUGGAGGCCGGCUAAUUAGCUUUCUACCCCUGAAAAGCCGUCAAUGGAGUGUAGCUUAUUAGAGAGAAAGGGGUUUAAAAGAGGUUUGUCCGACCAAAGUGGUGUCAUGAUUUUAGCCGGAGCUAAAAACUUUGCGCUUCCUUCUCCGACGGACUCGUCUGGAGAUUAACGUUAGUAGUAGCAUAGUAGCGCAGAUUGUAAUUGUACACACGUAGUCACGUAGUCCGUUCCUCCAUUAAAUUACGGUUUUGUUUAAAUUUUGUAGGAAACAGAAGAUGACCCUGGUUCACCGAUAGGACACAAAACAAAAAAAUCGGUAAGUUUUGUGGUAUAAUUUUGAGACGGUCUGCAGUACUGGGGACAUCGAUGGAUUGGUCAUAUGUGGUACUACCUGAGUUUCAGGAAUGGAGACGGUAUCCACUUUGAUGAUCACGCGUUGUGUAACGAGUACUAAAAUAAUGCGAAACGUCCUAACAGUAGCGAGGAAAGAAGAGAGACUGCUGUAUUCAUAGGCCAGAAAUGUACCUGUCUAGAGUUUUGAUGCGGAACUCUUGGCAAAUCAUUAAACUGGAUUACAUCGCUAAAUUAAACAAGGUGAUCAAGCUUAAAAGCCUGAUCAACUUGUCAUAGCUUUCUCCCGCGGUAGCGCAGAACUGUCAUCCGUAAAAAGGUUAUUUGCACAAUUCCUUAUUGCAGUAGUGGUGCCUACACUGUAGUACCCUUUACAUAAAUGUUCCUUAGCUUAAAGUGGUUUUGCAUUUGUUUUAGGCUUGGUCUUCAUCGAAAAAGAAGACACCACGCGAGGAUCGCGAGGCCUUGAAGCAGCGGAAGAAGGAAGAGAAGAAGUCACGCGAAGAGGAAAAACGCCAGAAACGCGAGGAGAGAAAGAAGAGAAAAGAUAAAGAGAAAAUUGACAAGUUUUUCGAAAGAAGACAGAAAAAAGUCACCAAUUUUACGUAUUUCGCUCAGCCGCUUGAAACAAUUUGCGAUACUGAAUCCCAUGUUCCUGUGUUUGUGGACAGGUGCAUCGAUUUUGUGGAAAACGCGGGUAUGUCACGCUAUUUGUGUGUUAUUAAAUUCCAUGCCAAUACGCCAUUCGUAUUUACUGAGUUUUAGCAAGUGACGAUUUUGAAACAGUCAAGUAAUGAGGAUCAAGAGAAAAUUGCAUCGUUUAGUUUUAAGUCCAUAAAUAAAAUAUUUUAACAAAGUAAACACCCGCCUAUAAGAACUACAAGAAGUACAGUAAUAGUUUUGUUUGUAAUUACAGUUUGGGACAUUAUUUUCUUGUAAUAUCAAAGACUAAUUGGCAAUCUCGAAGUCAAACUCCUUGGUUAAAAGGUUUAUCAUAAUUUACCUGUAACCCGAAUAUAAGAACCAGGUUGAUUUUGCUUGGCUAAACAGGUUCUUAUAUUUUUGGGUAUUUAAGUGUUAAAUUUCUGCUAGCAGGUUCUUAAACCACUAGGUUCUUCUUAGCGGGCGUUCACUGUGUUCAGUAUCAGGCGAAUGAACGUUCAGUCUUCGUCGAUGCUAUCCAGUGCACAGUUUGCUUUUCCUUCUUUGAUCCGAUGUUUCAGAGGUCUUUGUUCAGUUUUCACCUUAGUUUCAUCCUCUAAUAUAAAGUUAAGCAGGCCUCCUCCGAUCUGCUCCUAGUCUCCUUCGCAGCCGCUCGGGCCGGAGUCACGCAAUGCUUGGGACGGGGAGUAUUGUGUGACUCUGGCCCGAGCGACUGCGAAAGGGUCUAAUCUGCUCCAGACGUAAGAGAGUUUGGUGUCCAUGACUUCUUUGUGGUCAUCUGAAUCCAUACGAAAAUUGUCAUCAUCCACCUCAUUGCUGCGGCGAUCCUGGUGUUUGCUGGCAAGAGAUUAUGAACUAAAUAGGGCUAUUUUUCUUUUCCUUUUGAAGGAAUGCAAGUUGAGGGAAUUUACAGAGUAAACGGUAAUCAAGCUGACAUUGGCCUUAUCGAGCAAAAAGUGGAAGAAAGUAAGUACAAGACACACUGUAGAAACGCUGCAAUAUACUAUAUAUUAAUUUUACACGAGUAAAAAGGGAGUCCCCGAACUGACUUGUUACAAUGUGUGCUACAGAAACGAUGAGUCCUCCAGCAGAGAACUUAACGUUAUACUUCGAAAAAGAGAAUCGGGUCUAGCCCGACUGAAGACACACCCUGGAGUUUUCCUUAUUCGUCGAUGACAUUAAUCUAAUUGUACUUCCACCUCUCUGUAUCAGACCACGGACUUGAGUUGGCCGAGCUGGGGGUCGGAGUUCAUGCAGUGACAGGCGCCUUCAAGUCUUUUUUGAAGUUACUACCCGAACCUGUCAUUCCAAACUCACUUCAGAGUGCCUUACAUGAAGCAAUGGGUGAGUACAGAGAAGUGUUUAGAGACUCGAGCUAUAUUCACAAUAAACCGAAUAGCUUUUGCGCCGGCACAAAAAUUAUACCGGAUAGGGCUUCUGUUCACAUACGAGAACGGUGAUCACGGCGCGAGUUCUGUUCUGCUCUCCACUUUAGAGAUCGGCGCGGCGCAUAACAAUCAACAAACUGAUUUGUUGCAAGACAGGUCAUUGACUCGUGAGUGGUAACACGCGCCACAUGGCCUCUCAUUUCAUUUUGCAACAAUGUCGCAAAACAAGUUGCAGGUUUUUGUUGUUCGUUUUACUGUACCUUAAUUGCUGCAAAGAGUAGCAGAGUCAUUUUGAGAGAUUUUGUAAACGUCCAAAGUGAUUUUACGUAGACUAGCACUUGUUAAUUUGUUAAUAGCCCAAACCGAGGUAACCUAUUCCAGGCAUCCAGUUAGUGGAGACGGCGCAAAGAAAUAUGAAAAUUUCCUCUUCAUUUCUCGCCACUCUAUUCUACCUGAACGCUUGGAACAGGCUAAAACCGAGGGAGAGCGAAGAUUGGCAAAUGCUAGCCUUUGCAAGGAUUCGUUUGCAUUCGGUUGCAACUCUAGAUCUUGUUUGGCCUGAUACCUCUUGCGUUGUGUUAAAGUUUGCAUCGGCUUGAAUUUUUUGCUGCACGUUUUCUUGAACACCUUAGCGAGCAGCUCGGUACAAUCUUCAAUUUGUGUUCAAACGACAACCUUAUUUUCUUACUUGCCUUUGUAUUUUUCAGUUCAUGUUGAUGCCAAUGACCGUUUAGCUCGGCUGAGGCAGAUUCUUCACGAUCUGCCGCCCCAUAACUUGGCUGUGGUGAAGCGCAUCAUGUUUCAUCUUAACCGGUACGUUGCUUUUCUAAGAAAAUCGCAACUGCUGCGGUAAAGUGUCCAAUUUUAAUCUCAGGUUUACACUGGACAAAUAAUGUCCGAACGUUCUGUUCCACAGCAUUGGAUGUAUUAUACUGACAGUGAAAAAGCUGUAGCCGAAUAAUCGUCAAAACCCUACCAAAUUCAAAACGAGCCAGCGAUCAAUACUGCUUUUAAACAGCCGUUACGUCGUGUUCAGUUGGUCGGCAUUUCCGAGGUUGAUAAACCUUUCGUUUACCGUAGGUGAUUAGCCGGCAAUCUGGUGUACCUUAGCCUGCCGUGUCCACAUUUGAUGCCCACGCAAAGUCCCUGGGUUCCAACACAAAAUGGUGUAGUGUUCACCCACUCAGUAUAUCCGAUAUGUAUCUAUUUGUUGUUACGUGAAUACAAGUCACGCCUGGCUACUGGCACAAAAUGGUGCUGUGUUCACGCACUGGGCACCCGAUACUACACGUUAUCAGACACCAUUUUUUGAGUUAGGUCGUAGUGAGUUGUGGGUGUGCUAUGCAGUGGAUUGCCUCGAAACUAACAAGAAACGCGAGCACACAGGGAUUCGUUUUGUGCCUCGGUGGAAGCUAUCGACCUUGUACCGAAUUAUUGGGAUGGUACUUGAAGAAGGAGGGUGUUCAUAUUAGUGCCCAGCGGGUAUCCUAAUCGGGCACCGAAGCGGGGCACCAAAUGCGCGCGUGGCCUAAAGUCUCCCAAGUUUCGAAUAAUGAACUACUGUUGGUUUUCAUUUCAGAGUCACGGAAUAUUCAAAAGAGAAUCUCAUGGAAGCUAGAAACUUGGCUUUGGUGUUGUUCCCUACAAUAAUUCGGCCAGAUUUCACCCGUUUGGAGAUGUCAAGUCAAAUGUACUUUAUUUUGUUCAUUCAGACGUGUAUAGAAAAAUGCGACUAUCUGUUUUCAACGGACCAAAAUUGAGUCAAGAUUCGUAGGCUGAAGAUAUUAUCGGAUAAAUCUUUGAAUUAAUCUGAGAGGAGAAAAUUCUCAAGCUUCAUAUAAUGUACAUGUUAUACAAGCAGUAAUAUUUUUCGAAGCUGCAUGAAGGGACAGCUUGGCGUCAUGUAAAUAGCGUGGAAAUGUCCUCCUUAAAUGGUCAAAGAAGAGACUCCAAGAGAAGCAAUAUUUGUUCAAGGAGUUUUGUUACAAUAACUGGACACUGCUUUUAAUUUCCGUGGAAAAACAGUACAUAUUCUGAGGAAAGUCGUCGUCAUUGCUUUCCAUUGCUGCCGCCGUCUGGAUCAUUGGGGAAAUUUGGUAGAGGACGUUUUAGAAUUGCAGACUGAUUGCACAAGUGGCGGCCGAAUUCGUGUGAUUUUUAUAAGACGUUGAUUAUACCUUUCAAAACUCAAUCUAAGAAAAGAAUUCUAUGCAAAUCGUACGUGUUGAAGGGACUAUUAGAGCGGCGUAUUGUCUUCAAUAAAUAACAGCCAAAUAUUCGAGCGCCAUUUAUGUAUACAGCACUGAAUGUGGUUAAGAAAUUUAAUGGCAAUAGAAUAAGGACGUACUCUCGAUGGUUAGCCUACUGUUCGUUGUGCCCAUGUGUUCGACAGAAAUGAUCUCUCCCGCCAAUUACAGCCUGUAUUGUUAGAAAGGGUUGCUAUCAAAGUUAGUUGAAGCUCCCGCAAUCGAGUUACCACGGUGCGAUUUAGUGAAGUUUUGUAGCUUGCGCGCCGUGAAAACGAUGUUGAUUAGGGUCGCAAGGGCUGAACUUAUGUACUCGACAUUUACAAACAAAUGGCUCUGAAUGUUACACCUCGGCGCCUUAAGCUUUCAGGGCUUAGACAGAUCAAAAGGAAAGCUGAAAAGAAAAGGAACCAGCAUGAAAAGGAUAAAGCAAAGGAGUAACAAGGAGUUUAACAAAUCGACAACAAUUUUCCAUGGUUAUGAUACUCUUAUCGACCAUGACAAUGUCGUCAACAUGUUUUAAACUCACUAUCAAGUUUUCCAUUUCCUGCGCACCUUGUGGCUUUGCCAUGGUCUUUAUGCGGCCAAAUGGCUAAACCGACCUUACCCAAGAGCAGACUCGUACCCAGUCGCUAUUUAUGUGUUUUGGGGGUGAGAGAAGAGUGGCUUCGUCCCUUGCCACGAGACCCCGCGCGCGCCUCAACCUAACCCCCACUCUUCUCGCACCCCCAAAACACAUAAAUAGCGACUGGGUACGGGUCUGACCCAAGCGACUGUUGAUUUCUCCGUUUUCUCUCCUUUUCCCCCGACCUCUUUUAAAAAUGCAUUAACUGUAAAUGCGGCGUAUGUGACUCGGUUUCGGAGAAUCAAGGGGAAAAAUGCGUAAAACGUUCCUACGGCUUCGUCACGCGUGAUGAAGCCUUUAGAAAGCCAGCGUGGGGGCGAGGAACCAAUCCACGGCCUGGAAAAAUCGUAUAAUGUAUGGAAAACAACCUCGAAGUAAAGAAAUUCCUCGGCCCUUUGUUAUAUCGAGGUUCCACUGUAGAAGUCUACACCUUGCGCUAAUUAUCAGCUAAUAGCUUGAUGUAAAAGUAAUUUCC